UUUGAUGGGUCUGGCCGGCACAACAUGCAAGACUUCUGAUCUGCUCGACGACUUCCAAAAUUAAUAAUUUAUCGUUGUAGCUCCAAGCUUAGGCUAAAAACCCAUCAUUUCUUGGUAAGGAAAGAAGGAAUAGAAUGAGCAUGGAUUCGACUUGAUUCUCUAUUUCAUCAUACCGGGAAAGAUGGGUGUGUGAAGUCUGUCUGGCGAGUGUGAAAGAACGAAGCUCAAUACCUGCUGGAUAUUAAUUUGUGGAUAGUCUCGAUUCUCGAUCGGCAUUGUUGAUAAAUCCUGGUUUUUCCUGAAUCAGAUCACUUAAAAUUUAAACAACGUCUCUUGCUGGGAGAGGAAGAGCUUACUCGUUAAGCAUAAUGCUGAAGUCAUUUGUACACUGAUAAGGCACAAGUCUUGUAAACAAACCGAGGAAUAUGGCUGUGUGGCCACAAAAAUAUGGAUGUCUGUACAUAGAUAUAACAUGGAAGAGACUCCUCUCUGCCUACUACAAUCUCGUUUCCAACUUAGACAGGAAACAUUUACAUAGCCAAGUACAGGACUUAUUUGGAGGCCCUAUGAAAUGCCUUGUUUGUACCUCUGUUCGCAGUGGACUGGAUUUGUUUUUGAGUACAGUUGACUUCCCAAAGGGAUCUGAAAUAAUCUUCACAGCAAUAAACAUCCCUGACAUGGUUAGUAUUGUUGAGUCACAUGGACUGAAAGUUGUCCCCGUGGACAUUGAUCUUGAAACUCUUGCACCCAAGGAAGAAUUGCUUGAAUUGGCUAUAACAGAUAAAACUGUGGCUAUCUUGGUUGCACACAUAUAUGGGAAGUGGAUAGAAAUGGAUAAGAUAGUAGAUAUUGCACACAGUAAUGGACUAUUGGUCUUAGAAGAUUGUGCAGAGUGCUUCCAGGGACUCAAACCAAAAGACAAUGAGAAUUCAGACUUGGUUUUCUAUAGUUUUGGACUAAUAAAAUAUUCUACAUGUCUCGGUGGAGCUGUAGUUAAAGUUAAUGAUGGUGAUCUCCUGGGAAAGAUGAGAACCAAACUUGAAUCAUACCCUGUACAAACAUCAUGGCUAUUUUUUUCAAAGUUAUUGAAAUAUUCAAUGCUUACAUGUCUUAUGAAUAGUUCUCUUCUAGCAUGGACAUGCAUUCCUAUAUUCCAUAUGUUUCAAUUUGACUACAAAGAGUUUUUCAUUUCUCUUCUUCGUGGAUAUCCUGGUCAAAUCAUCCCUCAGUUACACUUUCAACCAUCAGCUGCAUUGCUCAAAGUCAUGUUUGAUAUACUUUCCAAUGUCAAUGAAAGAAGUUUUGAAGUUGCCAAAAUGAAGGGAGAUUUUGUUGGUGACAAUAUGCCAGAAAAUGUUUUCAUUCCUGGAAAGAAAACAAGAAUUAGCAACUAUUGGUUGUUCCCUAUUAUAGUUGAUGAUCCCAAUGAAGUUAGAAAGGCUUUAGAAAAAGAAGGAAUUGAAGCUUAUCAAGGUGCAACACAACUACGCACAGUGUACAAGACACAAUGUGAUCCACAAAGUAAACAGGCAGAGAAAAUAACCAAGCUAUCUGAUGAUUUACAUCAUUCAAGACAGCUGAUUACAAGUCCAGAAGUAGCCGCUGGUGUCAGCCAACCUUACGCCGUACAAACAACACACAGUACUAGUGGUUCUUUGUUAGCUAAUGGUGUUUCCCACACGUCAUUCUCAUCAUCAGCUUUUAUUGAAGGAGAAACAAAACCUGCCAUUGGAAACCAAUCGUCAGUGAUGAAUCUCAAGAAAGUCACUAAAGACAUAUUGUAUCCAUACAAUGCAGAGUAUCUUAUCGAUCAUGUUUUGUAUCUUCCUGUACAUAGAAAUGUACCACUCUGGUAUUUGGAAUAUGUGUGCAGUGCUGUGGAAAAGGUUAUGAAAAAUAGAUCAGGAGUACAAUUCAAGAAUGGAAAGAAGAACAUUGUCUUGCCUUCAAAGCUUUAAGAAACUGAGCUAUACUCAUUUAUAACAUGCAAAGAUCAUCCUCACCCUUAUCCAAAUGGAUUCCUCUCCUAAUUCCUCUUGAAUCUUCUCUCAUAAAAUUAAAACAAUUAACUAAUGGAAAGGCUGAAGUACAUUUUUAUCAGCAUUGAUUCCAAGAUAUUUUAAAACUUUUAGCAUUAGCACUAGCUUCAGAUAAUUUUAGGCUAAUAAAUAUGGUGUCUUAUCUUUUGAACAAUCUAAAAAUCUAUGGACUUUUCAAUCUCGUACCCAGAGCCUGCGUUCUCUUUCGGUCAGCAACGAGAACUUCGGCGGUGACCAAAAAGAAUCGCAGGCUCUGGGUACGAGAUUGUGGACUUUUGUAGUGUCUUUAAGAUUAUAAUAGUAAGAAUAAGAAUAAUGUCAACUGAAUCUACUUUGCUCUAUUUAACAGCAAAUUUUAUUUACUAAAGAUAAAUGGAUUAUAUUAUUAUUGAUAAAAGUGAGAGCACUGAGCUUGUAAUAUAUCGUUCUCACUGAGUGAUACUAUUAUUUAAUGUGGUUUUUCCUUAAUUGAAAUAAAGUGUGGUUUUCACGUUGCA